AUGCUCCCCACGAGAAGCUCGCCUACCCAUCCUCUCGAGUGCACCCACGCACACACAAUGAGGAGCUUCAUAGGCAAGGUGGUAUCGAACAGGAUGCAGAAGAGCGUGGUGGUGGCGGUGGAUCGGUUCAAGGCGCACAGCAAGUACCCCAAGGUGGUCCACUCGACCAAGAAGUUCAUGGCGCAUGAUGAGAGCAACGCUUGUUCCAUGGGCGACCAGGUGCGCAUUGAAUCGUCGCGGCCACUGAGCAAGCGCAAGCACUGGGUGGUUACGGAGGUGCUUCGCAAGGCAAGAAUCUUCAAUAUUGAUGACACCAAGAGACCAGCUGCUGCUGCUGGUGCCGGUGCUGGUGCUGUUGGUGGUCUUGAUGGUGCUAGUGGUGCUGGUGUAGGUGCUACUGCUGCUGCCAUUCAAGCUGCCAUGGCUGCUCAAACUGGGGCUAACCCCAUCCCUUCUAAUGUGCUCUGA